AUGGGAAGAGCACCGUGUUGCGAGAAGGUGGGGAUAAAGAGAGGGCGGUGGACGGCGGAGGAAGACCAGAUUCUCUCCAACUAUAUUCAAUCCAACGGUGAAGGCUCUUGGAGAUCUCUCCCCAAAAAUGCUGGAUUGAAAAGGUGUGGAAAGAGCUGUAGAUUGAGAUGGAUAAACUAUCUCAGAGCUGACCUCAAGCGUGGGAAUAUAACUCCAGAAGAAGAAGAACUCGUUGUUAAAUUGCAUUCCACUUUGGGAAACAGGUGGUCACUAAUUGCGGGCCAUCUACCAGGGAGAACAGACAACGAAAUAAAAAACUAUUGGAACUCUCAUCUCAGCCGUAAACUCCACAACUUCAUCAGAAAGCCGUCCAUCUCCCACGACGUCUCCGCCGUGAUCAUGAACGCUCCUCUGUCGUCGCCGCAGCCACAAGCAAAACGUAGACCAGGGAGGACCAGCAGAUCCGCCAUGAAACCCAAAACCCACAGCCCUAAAACUCGAAAGACGAAGAAAACGUCGAAGCCAGUCGCCGACGACGUAGCGGUUAAAGCGGUGGCGGAAGAAGAAGCAUUAAUGAUGGAGCUAAGUGGAGCCGAGGCUGAGCUAGGACCAUGUGACUGCUAUGAAGCCUGUCAUGAAGGAGGAGCUUAUUGCGAUAACAAUAACCUCAUGAGCAUUGAUGGCGAUAAUGGAGUUUUGUCCUUUGAUGAUGACAUCAUUGAUCUUUUGUUGGACGACUCGGACCCAGGCCACGUGUUCACGUCGUGUGGUGGUGAUCAUUUAGGAGACUCUCAAGGAGCCAGAGGGUUCUCGGAGACUUCGAAGCAAGGGAAUCUAGAAUCUUGUCCGUCGGUGGAGUCGUUUGUCAACUACGAGCAGCAACAAGUCAACGGUGCGUCGUUGACGGAUGAGUUUAUUGAUUGGGACUGUGUUUGGCAAGGAGGUGACAAGAAUAAGCUUUGGGAUGAGAAAGACAGUCCUGAUUCAAUGGUCUCGUGGCUUUUGGACGGUGAUGAUGAGGCCACGAUCGGGAAAAGUAACUGCGAGAACUUUGGUGAACCGUUGGAUCAUGACGAGGAAAAUGCGUUGGUCGCUUGGCUGCUCUCUUAG